AUGCAACUGAACCUAGGCAAAAAGGAAGCCGUUCAGACAAAAAAGGCUCCAGCAGCAUUGGGGCCAUAUUCUCAAGCCAUCAAAGCAAAUCAUAUGCUUUUCAUGUCUGGAGUUCUUGGACUAAUUCCAGAGACUAGAAAGUUUGUCUCGGAUAAUGUGGAGGAUCAAACUGCGCAGGUUCUCAAGAAUAUGGGUGAGAUACUUAAAGCGAGUGGUGCCAGCUAUUCCUCAGUGCUCAAGACAACAAUCAUGUUGGCUGAUCUGAAAGACUUCAAGAAAGUGAAUGAAAUCUAUGCUAAAUCAGUAGUUGUAUGGAUGGUGUUUGACCUCCUAGUGAAAAGCUCAUUUUCCAUCACCUGCUCCGGCUCGUUCAACUUACCAGGUGGCGGCACUACCAAUGGAUGCAAAGAUUGAAAUUGAGUGCAUAGCUGCACUAUAAUGGCCAUUAGCCUCUCAUUGUGUUUGCACCCAAACUUCUCAAUAAUCUAGAGGUGACAUAUUUGGGCUGUGAGCCCCAUCGACUUUGAAAUAUAAAAGAGAGAACUAUUUAACCUCUAAUGUUAUCGAUGGUGUCUGAUGACAGUCGGAUGGUCAUAUGGUUUAUUACUGUUUAGCCUUACUGUAUGCUCUUCGUUUUCAUCAUCUUGCUUGUUGGAGACUUUACUUUUAAGCUAAAUUAUGAGUGUUUUAGGGUCUCACAAGUGCCCAGGUUUUGUUUU